AGCAUAUUUAUUAAUUUCUCUUCUUCUUCUUUUCUUCAUUCACAUUAAUUAGUUCAUUCAGAUUGAAAUUCUCUAUUCCUUUCUUAGCAAGCACGUACACAUACCCACGAAACAUGAAGUCUCUAAAGACAUGCUUAGUGCUGGCCAUUCUUAUGGCAUUGGCCGCUAUUUCUCUUUCAGCCAUACAAUCUCGCGAUGAAUUGUCCCUUGAGGAAGACAAUGAAACUACUUAUAAUGAUGAAACUUCUGAUGAUCUUUCUCCGGCUGAAACUGGCCAAGAACCAACUUCUCUUCGAGGGUCCAUCCGCUUUCUGUCUCAGAUCAAACCCCGGGUCCCUAUGACAUGCGACAAGUACCCUAGGGUUUGUCAUGUCAAGGGCAGCACGGGGCCGGAUUGCUGCAAGAAGAAAUGCGUUAAUGUGAUGACAGACAGACUCAACUGUGGGAAAUGUGGGAAGAAAUGCAAGUACUCCGAGCUUUGCUGCAAAGGUCAGUGUGUGAACCCCAGGUCCAACAAAAAGCAUUGCGGAAGCUGCGGCAACAAGUGCAAGAAAGGGAGUUUAUGUGUGUACGGGAUGUGUAGCUACGCGUAAAUUAUGAAAGAAAUCAACUCCACAGCGUUCAGGAUCAGUUGGCAUGGCUGCAAACGGAGCUGACCGCUUCCUAUACCUGCAAAGCGUAGUUCAUUAUAUAUGUUGUUUUAUUUUGUGAAUUUGUUAAUGCGUGUGAAUUAAUAACAUUAAUGGCGAACACUCAUCGAUAUUUGAUGGGCUUUGCCUGUUAUUGAUUAUUCUUUUCUUUACCUUGUGAUCUAAAUGGAUCAGGGACUCGAUUUCUAAA